CCCGCCACCCAGCCUCCCAGGGCGGCUCCGCGAGCCCAGCGGUGGCGGUGCGCGGCCCGCGGGCGUCGGGAGGAGGCGGUGGGGAGCGAGGAGGAGGAGCCUGGGGCGGGGAGGCGGCGAUCGCGGCCCGGGUUCCUGCCCGUCGGCCCGGGGUUCCGGUCCAUGGACCGAGGGCGCCGAGUUGCUGCCGGCGGAGGAGCUACCUCUGUGAGCUGCGCAAACCAUGCAGGAUGAUUUACUGAUGGACAAAAGCAAAACCCAGCCCCAGCCCCAGCAGCAGCGGCAGCAGCAGCAGCAGCCCCAGCCCGAGCCCGGCACAGCCGAAGCCCCGUCCACGCCCCUGUCCUCAGAGACCCCCAAGCCGGAGGACAGCAGCGCAGUGCCGGCCCUCAGCCCCGCCGCGGCCCCGCCGGCCCCCAACGGCCCCGACAAGAUGCAGAUGGAAUCGCCGCUCCUGCCGGGCUUGGGUUUCCACCAGCCCCCUCAGCAGCCGCCGCCGCCGCCGCCGCAGGAGCCCGCGGCGCCGGGCGCGUCGCUGUCGCCGUCCUUCGGCAGCACCUGGUCCACGGGCACCACGAACGCGGUAGAGGACAGCUUCUUCCAGGGGAUCACGCCAGUCAACGGGACCAUGCUCUUCCAGAACUUCCCUCACCACGUCAACCCGGUCUUCGGAGGCACCUUCUCCCCGCAGAUGAGCCUGGCGCAGACCCAGCACCACCAGCAGCCGCCGCCGCCCGCACCGCAGCCCGCGCAGCCCGCGCAGCCCCCGCAGGCGCAGCCCUCGCAGCAGCGCCGGUCGCCCGCCAGCCCCAGCCAGGCACCCUAUGCGCAGAGGGGCGCCGCCGCGGCGUACGGUCACCAGCCCAUCAUGACUAGCAAGCCGUCCUCGUCCUCGGCCGCCGCGGCUGCCGCGGCCGCCGCGGCCGCCGCCUCGUCCGCGUCGUCCAGCUGGAACACGCACCAGAGCGUGAACGCGGCCUGGAGCGCGCCGUCCAACCCGUGGGGCGGCCUGCAGGCGGGCCGGGACCCUCGCCGGGCGGUCGGCGUGGGCGUGGGUGUGGGCGUCGGGGUGCCUUCACCGCUCAACCCCAUCUCGCCGCUCAAAAAGCCCUUCUCCAGCAACGUGAUCGCGCCGCCCAAGUUCCCCCGCGCGGCCCCGCUCACCUCCAAGUCCUGGAUGGAGGAUAACGCUUUCCGGACGGACAAUGGUAACAAUCUGUUGCCAUUUCAGGACCGGAGUAGGCCCUAUGACACUUUUAACUUGCACUCGUUGGAGAACUCCUUAAUGGAUAUGAUAAGGACUGAUCAUGAGCCUCUGAAAGGUAAACACUACCCUCCCAGUGGCCCACCAAUGAGUUUCGCUGAUAUAAUGUGGAGGAAUCAUUUUGCAGGACGCAUGGGAAUAAAUUUUCAUCAUCCAGGAACAGAUAAUAUUAUGGCACUUAACAGUCGAUCUUCUCUCUUUCCCUUUGAAGAUGCCUUCCUGGACGACAGUCACGGCGAUCAGUCCUUGUCAUCCGGCUUAAGUUCUCCCACUCGCUGUCAAAAUGGAGAGCGAGUAGAACGCUACUCUAGAAAGGUGUUUGUUGGAGGCCUUCCUCCUGAUAUCGAUGAAGAUGAGAUCACUGCCAGCUUUCGCAGGUUUGGACCUCUCGUCGUAGACUGGCCUCACAAAGCUGAAAGCAAGUCGUAUUUUCCUCCUAAAGGCUAUGCCUUUCUGCUGUUCCAGGAGGAGAGCUCAGUACAAGCUUUGAUAGAUGCCUGCCUAGAAGAAGACGGGAAACUGUACCUGUGCGUGUCAAGCCCCACCAUCAAGGAUAAACCGGUGCAAAUUCGACCAUGGAACCUAAGUGACAGUGACUUUGUAAUGGAUGGUUCUCAGCCUUUGGACCCCAGAAAAACUAUCUUUGUUGGGGGAGUUCCACGACCCCUUCGAGCUGUUGAACUGGCAAUGAUCAUGGACCGUUUGUAUGGCGGUGUCUGCUAUGCUGGCAUUGAUACGGACCCAGAGCUGAAGUACCCCAAAGGUGCUGGCCGCGUGGCAUUCUCCAAUCAGCAGAGUUACAUUGCAGCCAUCAGCGCUCGCUUUGUGCAGCUCCAACACAAUGACAUUGACAAACGGGUGGAAGUGAAGCCAUAUGUGCUGGAUGAUCAGAUGUGUGAUGAGUGCCAGGGCACACGCUGUGGUGGGAAGUUUGCCCCAUUCUUCUGUGCCAACGUCACCUGUCUGCAGUAUUACUGCGAAUACUGCUGGGCGAGCAUACAUUCCCGCGCCGGGCGGGAGUUCCACAAACCGCUGGUGAAGGAGGGAGGUGACCGCCCUCGCCAUGUCCCGUUCCGCUGGAGCUGAGCCCAGGGUAUACCCAGCCACAAGUACUGGAGUAGAUAACAAGGAGGGAAAAGAGAGGGCACUGCCUCAGGGCUUACAGUGUUCUGGAAAUCUGUGCAUUUGUUCUCGAUUUUUAAAGAAGAAAUGGGUCUUUUUAUUAUUAUUAUUAUUUACAGUCAUAUUACUGAACUCAGUGUCCAGUAUAAUGCAGAAUUGCAGAGUGUAUAACGGUACUGAUUUGCACUUUGAUUCACACCUUUGUCUGCUUGGUACCUUAAUUUCUUACACCUGAUUUGUCACUCGUAGACUGCCAUUCUCAUCAGCGGCCAUCAGGUUGAUGUCUGUGAUUUUUUUGUUUGUUGUUGUUGUUGUAUUGUUAUUGUUUUGAUCGUUUUUGAACUGGAGCAUGCACUUAUUUUCAGAAACUUAGAGAAUCGCCCCUAGGAGAAGACUUACCAAAGGUAAUACUCGUGAGUAGGUGGCAGAUGUAGCAAAAACUUCACAACAAUUCAGCAAUCAUUAGUUGGGGUCAUUUAGAGUAAGGAAAACCCUUAAUGAAAAUAAGCCUUUAGUUGCUCUCUAUUUUGACAUGUAAGGAUACCUCAUAAGCUGAAUCUUUAUUUUUCCUUCAUGUUUAAUUUUUGUUUU